GUGCGGGCGGCGGGCGCGGCGAGCUCGGCCACAGGUAACCUGCGGGAGCCGGCAGCGCAGCCUGGCGAGCGGGCGGCUGGAGGCGCGGCGCUGGGCGGCGCCGAGGCCCAGGGGCCGCCGGAGCCUGCGGGAACCCUUCCCGGUCGUCUGCCCUCGCCCCCAACUCUGUCGCCGGCAGCGGUCCCUGCGGCGCGGACGUCCGGCGCGCGAGAAAAAGGUCCUGAAGAUGGCAUAGUAAUAAUAGAGGCACCUUCUAAGGAUCGGGAGCAUCUUGACCCGUGGGUCCCUGCCCGGGCCAUUGGCGCCGUGUUGAGCUGAAGGAACUUGUCUACUGCGUUCCUGAAAACCUCUUUCCCUCCUAAUUCAUGAGCCAGCAGGAUGCGGUCGCUGCACUUUCAGAACGCCUUCUCAUAGCUGCGUACAAAGGCCAAGCAGAGAAUGUGGUUCAGCUCAUCAACAAGGGCGCCAAGGUAGCAGUUACCAAGCAUGGCCGGACCCCCCUUCAUCUUGCUGCCAAUAAGGGUCAUCUUUCUGUGGUCCAGAUCUUGCUGAAGGCUGGCUGUGACCUUGAUGUCCAGGAUGAUGGGGAUCAGACCGCCUUGCACCGGGCCACAGUGGUGGGGAACACAGAUGUCAUUGCGGCGCUCAUCCAGGAGGGCUGUGCUCUGGACCGCCAAGACAAGGACGGGAAUACAGCCCUACACGAAGCGUCCUGGCACGGUUUUAGCCAGUCAGCCAAACUGCUCGUUAAAGCAGGAGCCAACGUGCUUGCCAAGAACAAGGCGGGGAACACCGCUCUGCACCUGGCCUGCCAGAACAGCCACUCCCAGAGCACUCGCAUCCUCCUGCUGGGCGGGUCCCGGGCCGACCUCAAAAAUAAUGCAGGCGAUACCUGUUUGCACGUUGCCGCACGCUAUAAUCACUUGUCCAUCAUUAAGCUCCUCCUCAGUGCUUUCUGUUCUGUCCAUGAAAAGAACCAGGCUGGAGACACAGCGCUUCAUGUUGCUGCCGCCCUAAAUCACAAGAAGGUGGUUAAAAUCUUACUGGAAGCUGGAGCAGAUGGGACCAUUGUUAAUAAUGCCAGACUCCAUUGGAGACUGCCCGCUACCACAAUAAUCCGGAAGUUGCUCUUCUCCUCACUAAAGCUCCCCAGGCUGGAAGCUCCAUUAGAUCAGAGCACCAGGUCCAAGGCCGAGUCCAUCAUACUGAUGCUGCGCACGCCAGUGGUUUGUAACCAUGCCUCUUGCCUCCUUCAGGUCUUGCGCUUCAGUCGUGGGCGAAGCCUGAGGAAAAAGAGAGAGAGGCUCAAGGAAGAGAGGAGAGCUCAGUCUGUGCCAAGAGAUGAGGUGGCACAAAGCAAGGGAAGUGUCUCAGCAGGAGACACCCCCAGCAGUGAACAGGCUGUACCCAGAAAAGAAGAGGCCAGAGAAGAUUUCCUGUCCACCUCCCCAGAGCCCAGAGCAAAGGACAACAGGCAGAGAAAGUCAAGGCCCAAGGUGUCAGCGUUUUCUGACCCCACCCCACCAGCAGACCAACAGCCUGGACACCAGAAGGACGCGCAUGCACAUAAUCAUCCUAAAAAGAGGCCCAGGCACCGAUGCUCCCCCCCGCCCCCUCCCCAUGAGUUCAGAGCGUACCAGCUCUACACACUGUACCGGGGCAAGGACGGGAGAGUGAUGCAGGCACCGAUAAAUGGUUGUCGAUGUGAACCCCUAAUCAACAAGCUGGAGAACCAGUUGGAGGCAGCUGUGGAGGAGAUCAAAGCAGAGCUGGGGUCAGUUCAGGAUAAAAUGAACACAAAGCUGGGACAUAUGGAGAACAAGACCCAGCACCAGAUGCGUGUUCUGGACAAGCUGAUGGUCGAGCGGCUCGCAGCGGAGAGAACGGAGUGCGUGACCCGCCUGCAGCAGCAUUCAGACACCGAGAAGCACGAGGGGGAGAAACGACAGAUGUCAUUGGUGGAUGAAUUAAAAACCUGGUGCAUGUUAAAGAUUCAGAAUCUGGAGCUGAAGCUUUCUGGAGAUUCUAGGGCCUCUAGGACCAAAUCCGUACCAUCUACUUACGAGUCCUCUACAGGUGUGGAUCAAUCAGUGGUCACUGCAGGUCCAGUAGCAGCUUCUGACAGUUCUCCUCAGGUGGUGAGGCCCAAGGAAAAGGCCUUCAACCCCACGGCUCCCCAGAGAACACAGCAGGAGCUGUCUUCCUCAGACUGUAUGGGUUCCCGGCUGAGGAAUGUCAAGGUCCAGACAGCCUUGCUACCCUUGAAAGAGGCAGCCAAAUGUGAUCAGCAGGCUGGGCCCUGUGUAGACAGAGGCACCCAAACCAGGAAGUCUGGGAAAAGCGGGCAAACAAGGCAUCGGACCCAGCACCCAGCACCCAGCAACCCCUGUGGGCCGCCACCAGCAACAGGCAGCGAGCAGACCGCCCCUCACACUCGAGAUGCCUCCCAAGCUCUGGAGAUUACCCAGUACUUUUUUGAGGCUGUUUCUACCCAGAUGGAAAAGUGGUAUGAAAGGAAGAUUGAGGAAGCACGAAGCCAAGCCAGUCAGAAGGCCCAGCAAGACAAGGCCACGCUGAAGGAACAUAUUAAAAGCUUAGAAGAAGAACUUGCUAAACUAAGGACAAAGGUGCAGAAGGACAAUUAGGACCUGGGGCGUGGCACAAGAAGGGAUUCUUGAUGAUUGCUGGCUUUGCAGCUCUAGAAGAGCUAGGCCCAAGGUGUCCAUUAUUGUGCACGCAGUGGACUUGUCUUUCAAAAAAAGUCAAAUUUCUGAGAUGUGCCAGACCCAUGCUUCCUAUGCCCUGAAGUUAUGACGACUUCAACAAUGAGACUGAAACCAGGGGACGCUUGCUUAGUUUCAGGUGUCAUUACAAAGUCAUAACCUCAGUCCAGGCUCAUCUGAGGUUCGAAAGCUCAGAUUAAGUGAGCCACGCUUAGAAACUGACGAUCUGUAGAGUCUAAACCCUAAAAUUCAGGAUGUAUGAAAUAAUACAAAUCAAAGGGAAGAAGAAAAACGAAUCCCUUGUGAACGCCAGUAGUCAUUCAUGUGACGCGCACUUGCUGGGCCCAGACGGGCAUCUUUCUGUGAGCGCUGUGGCUGAGAUGCGCAAAGUUCCCUCUCAAUUCCUACUUCUCAAAAGGCUGACCUUUUAACCAGAUGAAAACUUAUCAAAUAGAUUUUGAGGAGAAAAAGAUUUUCAUAAUGUCACUAGAUCCAGCAUAUCUUAAAAUAUUUUGCAAAGUCGGAGGGUAUUUAAAAUAAUGAGGAACUGGCAAAAAGCACUGGGAAUAUUUGUUAAUAAACUCAAAUGAGAAAGGUUCAAA